AUGGCUCGGUACAAGCAGUUCCUCCGAAUCUGUCAGCACUGGCCGCUAGACACCACCAAGGAAGGUCGGGACAUAGCUGUGGCCAUCCGACAGGCAGUCGCCAAAGCCUUCAAGGAGGGAGAGAAUACACAGGUGAACCCAGCUGAAUGUGAUCGAGUCUACACCAGUCUGGACAGGCUGAACAACGGAUACUGGAACAACAAGUACCCCAGAGUGAAGCCCACCACAUUUACAGGGCUGACGCUGGAAGACUACAAGCUGGUGCUAGCCUCAGAGUCCUUGACUGAUAUGCAGGAAAGCAAGAAGUCCAGCUGGCAGCGCAUGAAGGAGAAAUUCUCUGGCAAGGAAGACAGCAAAGACGCCUAG